UAAACCCCACACCCAGAAAUGAGGAAGGUUUUGUGCGUGGAGCCCGUCAUUUUCAUAUACCUUUUUGCGACUUCCCUGACGACCCCGCUGGUGCAGCAGUUUAUCUACCGGCGGCUGUGGGAGCAGGAGUACAACUCCACUUUCGUGAGCGAUAGCAAUGUCAGUCACUGCGAGCAGAAUAAGAGCAGCCCGACUUAUAUUAAACAGAAGGAAGUUCAAGAAAAAGCUUCUGUUUUUAAUAUGCAGUUGGACUUAACUGGGGCCAUUCCCAGCCUUAUAGUUGCCUUUGUCAUUGUAGCUAAUGGGGAUCGCCAGGGACACAAAAGGUCUUUAGUUUUACCAUCAAUGGGAGCUUUGAUUGCUGGUAUUAGCCUCACUGCAAUAUCAUAUUUUUCCUUGUCACUCUCUGUCCUAUUUGCAGUUGCAUUUGUUACUGGACUCUUUGGGAGUAUAGCAACUUUCCUUGGAGGAGGCUUUGCUUUUAUAGCAGAUGGUUGUCAUGAUGAGAACCAGAAAACAACACGAAUAGCUGUAGUGGAUUUGAUUUUUGGAAUUGUAUCGGGAUUGGCAGGACUCUCAUCUGGCUACUUUCUAAGAGGAAUAGGCUUUACAUGGACAUUUGUGACAGCAUCUCUGCUUCAUGUCAUUAAUAUCAUCUAUAUUAUAUUUUUUCUGGAAGAUACCAUAGGUGUAUCUGAAUUCCAGCACGAGGUACCAGUAUCCUAUAAAGAACUUCUUAGGGAGACAUUUUCUGGAGUGUACAUGCUUUUUAAAACUGCCCCUUAUAAAAAGAGAAUUUUAAUAAUUGUGUUACUUUUUGCAUUUAUGACUUAUAUGUUUACUAUGCUUGGUGGGAGUUCGCUUUUUACACUGUAUGAACUGGAUGAGCCGCUCUGCUGGAAUGAAGUGUACAUUGGAUAUGGAGCAGCUGCAUUCACUUCUGUCUCUCUGACCAGUUUUUUAGGAGUUUACUUAUUUUCUAAAUGUCUCAAAGACAUUUAUAUUGUCUUUAUUGGGAUAUUUUCUUACAUUGGAGGAAUGAUCAUGGCUGCCUUUGCCAAAACUACCCUGCUCAUGUUUUUAGUGAGAGUGCCAUCUUUGUUCUGCCUUAUGCCUAUUCCUGUUCUCCGAUCCAUGCUGUCAAAAGUGGUUCUCACUGGUGAACAGGGUGCUGUGUUUGCUUGUAUUGCCUGUUUAGAAGUUGUGACCGGCAGUGUUUCAAUUUCAGUUUUUAAUAUUCUGUAUGCAACUACUGUUGCAUGGUUUUCAGGCUUUAGCUUCCUCCUAUCGGCAGGUCUUUGUCUAAUUCCACUGACUGUCCUGUGCUGGCUUCUGUGCACAAGCUGGAAUGGGGAGGACUUGGCUCUGCUGGUACCUGAAGAAGUAUCCAGCAUAGAGAGUGCCGAUAGUUGAACAAAAGAUCCCCACACCUGGGAUUUCUAAUCUCACAUGCAGUGGCAGAGACCAUUAUGUCAUACAGAGACCAUAGAGAUAACACAACACAAUCUCCAAGUGGCCCUGCAGCAAUAAGCACUAAAUUGGUAGCACUCGAUACCCAGUCUUUCAGCACUUGACUAAAGCUAGCUCUUAACUAUGCAAAUAGGCAGGCAGUUGAGAUUAUAAUGCUGCUUUCAUCAUGAAGAAAAAAAUUAGGUAGGGUGAUACUCCUUCCACUUACCCUUUCUCAAGUUUGAGAAUGUCAGGUAUGGAUUGUGAUACAUCUUGUAUCAUUCUAAAUGGGGUGACAGAGAUAAGUUACUAACUCAGAGGAUGCUGGCAAUUCUGCUGAAGCCAUUGGAGCUUGUGCCAGAUGAGGAUGUGGUCCACUGUGUACAUCUUUAAAGUCCUGUCUUAAUGAUGAAGCCCCCAAACCUUUCUAAAAUUACUAAAAAGGUACUUUUUUCAGAAAGCAACCAACCUGGAGGCAGUACUUAACAUCUGCUGUAAGCAGACUUACUGCUCUGCAGCUAGUAGAGUGUUUGUGUAAGUAUAAUGUAUGAUGUGUGGACCUUGCCCGUGAUUUAGUUCUUAAAAUGGAUUUUUACACAGAACUUUCAGGAAAUAUCCAGCUUGCAGAGUGUGAAGUUCAGCCUGUGCCUACAUUUUGCAGAGGCCAUAUUGCACAUUUUUAAUUUUCCAUAUAUUAGGGACUGCGUACAGACAUCUCUAUUUUUUGUCCCAGAGAUAUUUUUUAUUUUCUAGUUAAGUUGGUACUUGGUUUAAAUGUUUCUUUUAGUGAAAGGCUGUAAUAGCAUUUCUUAUCAGUGGAUCUUUAUUUUCUUCACAACCCUGAAACGAGGUGACCAAAUCUGAAUCAUGAAUCUAAUCAUCUUGCAACAAAUACAGCAUAAUUAUAUGAGCAGUUGAAGAGCAUUUCUCAUCUUCAAAGCACUUUACAAAUGCUAUUAAGAACAUCCUUUCAUAAUAGAUACUCUCUUCCCUCUUGCAUAGGGAGAGAAAUUAACAGAGAGGACAAGUGACAUGCCCAAGGCCACAGUGCAAACUGGUGAGACUGCCAAACCUAGGAAUCAGUUUCAGCUUUGACUCCUCACCUUUUCCCUUGAGAUCUUUAAGUAGAAAUUAUUCUGAGUACUAGCUUCUGGAGUGCACAGUGGAAGUGAAAAUAUAACACCAUGUUAGAGACCAUUCCCAUAUGUUGAUUUUUUUAAGAGUUUGACAGCCAAUACUGUUCUGAUCUCUGAAAGUGGUGUGUGACUUGUCCCCCAAAACAGAUUGGACAGAGAAGUCAAAAUCAUGGAAAGUGGCUGACAUUUAGUAAAGGAAAAAACCACUAGGAAAGCAACUAUGAUGUGGGAACUCGCACACAGCAUAGGAUAAAAAUGCACAGACAUAGCAUGUGCUGUAUAACUGAUGACCUGCUUACAGCCAUUGAUACCCAUCACAUGAACAGAGAAUUCCUGCAGAACUUUUCAGUGGUACUCUAGAGCUUGCUUAAGUUAGCCAUCCAGGCUAGCGUCGGUGACUGCAGUACUCCACCAAGAAAUAGUAGUACCACAUCAUGAUGAUACUAUUGUAGAUCCUUCACAAUUGAACAAUUGCAUCAUUUACAAGUUAUGUGUUGUGCUCACUGAGGUUUGAAAGAGGGUUCAAAUAAGGUAAAGGAGAGCUUACAGUAUUCAGGAGACCACUGCCUGCUCAUCACAGGUGAAAACAGUACCAUUUAUCCAGGGCAGAGGGAACAAGUAUUUACACAGCUAACAGCUAUAGCCAGCUCUUACACUUCUGUCCUGAACUACAGAGGGUGAUGUUAGCAAUUAAAGAUCAUUAGCUUUUCCUCGGUAGUUUAGACACUGGGCAGAAAAUAAAACUGCUUAACUCUCCUCCUUUGAGGUGCCCAAGUUGCUGCCAACUUGUGGGCCGAGUUCUACAAGUGGGUCCAGAACAUAAUGAGUACUUGUAGAGAGAUUUAGAAAACACUGAUGUAAAGGAUUUCAGCACAAAGAUUACAUUGUCUUCCUCGCCUCUUCAUUAUGCAGUUAUGUAAGGCUUUAUGAAAUUAACUAUUUCACAGAAAACUGCCGGGGGGGGAAAAAAGGCAAAUGAAGAAGGGGGUGUGCCUUCACUUCCUCUUCUUUGGUGCACACCUCCAGUAGCACUGAGAAGGUAGCAACAAAGCAAGCCAGUUCCAUAGUGGUGGUGUGUUGGUCCAACUGAGAACAAGCACGUACGCUUCAGGAAUGGCUUUGUUAUGGUUUGCUUUUACUGUACAAAGUACGUGCUGUUUGCAAAGUAUUUCUGGUAGAUGCAGCAUUUAGAACUGGCUGUAAAUUUAGGUCCAAACACCAAGGAUAUGAACUGUGUUAAAAUGCCCAGCAUGGUGCAAGCUGAGGAACUCAAGUACUGAUAUGCUUCAGAUUAAUAAAUCAAAAUCUCAGUUUAUAAUAAUUGGUUUAUUUGUGUAUAAUGCAAAUUAUUUUGAUAUAAAUUAAUAAUGAAGUUUGUUUUUUUUAACUCUGCUGCAUUUGUAGUUCUUGUACUUUUUAAAAUUUUGACAAAUGGCCAAUGGCAUGACUGGUAGAAGAAUGUUUGUGUAAACAGAAGAAGCAGCACUAUGGUAUCAUCUAUUUUUUGUGAUCAUAACAAACAAACAGCAUAGCAGGAAGAUGUGCUUUUACCUCCCUCUUGUGCCUGAGGAGAGGAAAAAAUGCUGCUGAGAACGUCAGUACCAAGAGAAGGCAGGGAACUGCAGAGCAGGGACAGCAUGCCAUGUGGAAGGAGUCAGGGUGGGGGCUUCUGUUGCACCUGCCAGAGCAGUGGAUCUGGAAGUGUUUUCCUCCCUGUGCUCUGUCAGAGUCUGUCCCAGCUCCACUGCCAAGGCAUGGCACGCCUCUGUGGGUUGCUACGUGCAGUAUCUGCUUUACAGAAUGAGGCUUAUAUGAAAUGGAGAGAAUGGGCUGGGGCAGAAAGCCCAGUCCCCAGCCCAACCCCCUGCAGCACUGUCUGAGCAUAACCCUUCCUCUUUAUCUCAAAAGCUCUUUGCCUCAGUCCUGUUUGACUCCCAGUACUUUUAUUAACAGCAUAAAUUCUUGCACAGGCCUCUUACAUGUACUAUUUGCUUUCCAGCCUGGCUAAACCCCUAAGAUUAGUUUCCUUACAUACAUAAUGAACAAUGCACCUUCCUGCCUCUGAACAUGGUUUGAUCUCACCCAGGAUUAUUACAAAGUAUACUAAUUGUUGAACAAAACCACCUAGAAAUUACAUGCAGCCUCCUAGUCUGCAUCUGGUUCUUCACUGCACUAAUGAGAAACUCUAAUUACUCGUCUUAAUGUAGUUUUGCUCAGAUGCAAUAGCAUCCAUCUUCCAACCAACACUAGGAAAGGCCAACCAGCUCAAUACACUGAAGUAGGGAGCUAUAAGGUACCAGUAAUUGUACAACUAUUGGUUCUGUUUUCUGGAACAGUGCUGGUAGGAAGGCAGACCUUAAAAUCCUCCUGAAAAUCCAUGCCCACACCAUAAGUUGUCCCAGACCUGGCAAGGUAAUCCCUCAGACUUUCUGGCCUAAGCCUUGAACAGUAGUCUUAUCAGCCCACAAAGGGACCAGGACAGCUAUGGACAACAAAAAUGGGAGUAGAUCUAUGCUUGCAUGUUCAAUUCAUUGGUCCUAUGUUUAACCUCCCUAAGGCAAAAUAAACUCCAAACGAAAUUGCUUGUACUACAUAGCAGAAGCCUCUAAUCUCUGCAAGUCUCAAGUGAAAGACAAUUUUAGAAGCUUCACUUCUUAAAUGAAACAAGUUUGAAUAUAAAACCAAAUAAAACCACCAAUAAAGUGUCUCCUACUGUCAUCUUAACGUUUCUAAUUUGCUGCAAUGUUUUGCACAUAAAAGCACUAUAAACUUUACAGGACAAAAGCUAGAAGCUUUCGCCCACACAGGGAAUUUGUAGCAGCUAUAAGCCCACUGAAAAGACAAGAGAUAUUUGCAAUUGUGAAGAGAGGUUUAUAGCAACAUUUCUGCUAAAAUUAUCUACAACAGAACACCAAGUGCACUUAGAAAUUUAACUAAGUCAUUAAAACUUGCUGAAUAAAGAGUUCCUGCCUUAGAAAUAUUGUUUCAAGCUCCCCACAUAUGCCAAAAGAUAACAUUUUUUGAACUGCAGACUUUUUUUCUAAUAUGCCACAUACUAGCUGCCUUGUAGGAUUUAUAUAUGACAUAUGCACAUGUACAACAUUAAAAAUAAUUGUUACAACCUGAAUUUAAUAAAUAAAGAAAACUUCAGCACACAAAACCCCUUUCAGUGGUCUGUUCCUUUAAAAGGUGUAUUUAAGUAUCGAUCUCUCAUUCUCCCUUAAUUAAGACUUGAUUUCUGUAAACAU